AUGGAGGCGGAGGUCGAUAAGCUGGAACUGACAUUCCAGAAAGCUGACUCUGAUCUGGAUUACAUUCAGCACAGGUUGGAAUAGGAAAUCAAGACUAAUUAUCCUGAUUCAGCAGGCAAGAAAAAUCCAGUUACACUCUUAAAGGAAUUGUCAGCAAUAAAGUCUCGAUAUCAAACUUUGCAUGCACGCUUUAAACCAAUUGCUGUCAAGCAGAAAGAGACUAAGAGCUGCAUUUGUGCUACUUUCAGUAAGACUAUGACCUUGAUACAAGAACUACAAAAGCAAACAGAUCUGAAGCUCUUACCACUGACUGAAGAAGAGAAAACUGCGGCAGAGCAAUUAAGAGCUCACAUGUCAGACUUAUGAUGAAGAAAUGGACUUGCAAAAGGGAACUCUAAUGGGGAAGAGAUCAAUUCCAGAGAG